AUGAAAGAACUGAUAAAAAACAUAAAGCAGCGAGUCAGUGCAAUUAUGAAGCAACUUACCAAAAUAAACAGUGAUCUCCUACAACACAUUGACACGUUGCAGGAUUGGAUUACGAAGGCCGACAAUGUUAUCAAGGAAUCGUUGAAGAAAGUUGAGGAGAUACUGAAGGAGGUGAAAGACUCCAACAGCAGGACAGAGAAUAACAGGAGAAAAAUUGAAAGCGCAGUGGAGUACAUUCAAUCGCAGGUCAAAUUGCUCUUCGAAGCUGGCGAGCUGGCCAGGAAAGAAGCUGCCAGUUUGGUUGGGACGGCUAAGGAAAAAGUUACACUGUUGGAAAAUGCUGUUAAAGGGGAUUUGGCGACGCUGAAAAACGAGAUUAAUAAUGGUAUGAAGGAAUAUGUUUCCAGGUAUAUCACGGAAAUUCAUAACAGUGUUAAGGAGAUUAAGGGAGGUGAUGCCAGUGGGUUGACUGAGCUUGUUGGGAGAGUUAAAGGAUAUGUUAAGUUGUUCACUAAGGGUAAACUGGCGUUUAACAGUGUACUUCAGAGAUGGAUUGGUGAGAUUGUGGAUAAGGAACCGGUGAGUGGAUGGUUAGACAAGUACGUUGAGGAGAUGAAUGAAAGCAGUAUACAGUUUAAGGAUGUCUACAUUGCUAUUCAGCAAGGCAGCGACCACCGAUUGCUUGCGGCUUUUAAGAAUAAGCUUAUUGAGGAGCUUCAUGCCAAAGUUAAUGAAGCCUUUAACUCAUUUUACGCUGUUGAUGAAAAAGGGUCUAUUGGGUCACAUGUUGGCGCUGCCAAGGGAGCUUGCCUGCAAUUCGCCAAAAAGCUUGGUGACGAGCUAGAGGAUGGGAUGAUUGGUACGUUUGUGGAGGAUAUUGCCGAUGCGAUUUCGUUAGAACUAACGACGCAGAAAAAUAGUAACCCUUAUCUUCAACUCGCAGUGGAUGGCGUUCUAUAUCAAUUAUUAGCUGCUGCCAGGCAUACUGCUGCUGCAGUUGAGUCGUUCACGUGGGAUGAUUCCGCAUCCGAUCCAGACGUCAUGACAGUUGAUUCCGCACUUGGUGUGGCCAUUCAUCUUGACACGGGAUUGUCGAAAGCGCUUGCUAGUGUGACACCCGGCAGUGAUGGUGAUCUAGCUAAGGCCUAUAUAUACAAACCGUUUCAUUCCCUCAAACAACCAAUAGAGCUUGACGUCAAUAUUCAGAAAACCAUAUAUGAUAUGCUAGAAAAACAGUUGCCAGAGGACCAAGAAGCGGCCGAUAACUUACAAGCAUAUGUAACACUGGAUAACCUUGCGGAUUCCUUCAAAGGAAUCGCAACCCGGUUCGGAACAAAACCGAGCAAAAGAAAACAACUCGAGGACGCAAUCAAUAAUAUCGAAGCAGAAGUCACCAUCGCUCUUGCCGGAAUUGAAACGUUCAAUGACCAGGCACUAAGGCAUUUCAUCGAGGUCAGCAAUAAGCUUAACGAAAUGUGCUACGCCAUCGAAAACGCCGCGGGAGAACCAAAUGGCUUAAAGAGCACAUUAAAAACGUUUAAAGAAACGUAUUUUGCAAAGUACGAUAAAGACACUCAGGAAGGCAAAGCCGGUAUCGACAAAAUCAAGCAAGACCUCAGUGACGUACAAAACGCCCUAAAGACGGGCCCCGUCGAUAAAACAAACGAUUUGCUUCAAUACGCGAUGAAGGCUGAAAAUCACUUCGCCAAACUCAUCAAGGACCAAAUCCAUCAGGACAUCAAGACCGCUGAAACAGCCCUGACAACCCACGCCCGCAGACGGUAUGUUGACUCCAUCAAGUGGCUACUAGGGCAGUUUGUGCUGAAGGUUGAGACUGAGUUUUCGCAGUUACUACUGCAAAUCGAACACGACAAGCACAUCGGCCUGAAGGGGUUCAUGGAGGCGUUCAACGGCAACGACUCCGGCGACAACGUGAACAGGCUGCUUAGUAACUCCGACAUUCCCACUCUGUGCCGUAGUGUCGAGACAUUCUUCGCACCAGUUAAAUCGUACAUUGACAGCGAGAUCACCCGGCUGGACGGGGAGGAACUCAAGAAGCAUCCCUCACUCCCCAGGUCCCAGGAUCCGUAUACCUCUAAACUCACCAAACUCUAUGCGGCCCUUAGCGGACUGAUCAGCCAUGUUUACACCUCCAACAAAUACGACCGCGACUUACCUACCAAGCUCGACGAUCUCACCGCCGCCGUUGCCGACUUGACAACGGACGGCUUCCCCAACCCGGUCACUGCCAUGCUGCACGGCGUCUCCGGUGGCUGCCGGGAGUUGGUCGGCGCGCUGGGCAAGGUGUAUAUCUCGAGGUAUGAUGGCGCAAAUGUUAGGUGGGAGCACGAUGAGAAGGCUGUAAACAAUUGCGCAAAAGCGUUUUUGACCAUCGUGCCGGCAUACUUCCACGGUCUCCACCAUCUGUUCUACAAGGGCGCUACGGAGUGGAAGGAGUACAAAGUUGCCGGUAACGCAAAAAGUGACCGAAAGGCAGAUGAAUUGAAAAAGUAUUUGCAGGAGGAGGGGUAUGACAUCGAUCAGCUGAAGGAUCAGACCGGUAAGGAAGUCGCCCUCAGAUUGAGCAGAGGAUUCGCUCGCUACCAAUCUUUCAACGAAAACCCAGAAAACUUGGGAACCUACAAAGAAUACCUGGCGCAUUACAAAAAACACGAGGGUCUCAUGUCGAGACUGUUCUAUUACCUGGACGCCUACAAUCACGUCGGUCACCUCGUUGUUCAUCCCAGACCUCGGCAUCCCUCUUCCGUGUUCGACAUAUUGCUUUGGCUCAACGGGCUUCCGUAUAACCCGGUGUAUCACGCAUUAUCCUACGACGGUUUCAGUGGCCUGUUCGAGAGGGAGGAAAAGAAAGGCGACGCCACCGCCGACGAUGACGGUCCGACUUUCGAAGGUGAGGAAGCAGACACCUUGCCAGCCCACCCUAAGGACAUCACAGCUGCGUCCCUCGCGGACAAACUCACCGAAGUCACCACCUACGCAGAAGACGUUUUGCUGUCCAUCCUUGGCUACGGGCAUAAUGACGGUAUUUACGCCUGCGAUUUCUACACCAACGCGGGCAAGUUGGCAUAUCCGUCCAGCGCAGCUAAGUGUCUGGAUGUAUUGGUGGAGCUGUUGUACAGACUGUUCCAUCAGUUGCGCUUCCUGUAUGAGCAGUGCAGUAAUUCCACGCAAUACAGCGGAUGGGCGGAGUGUUGGUACGGGCAAGGAGUGGGAGGCUCAAGUUGGAAGUGCAAUGAGAAGCAGUGUGCUGACCAAAACUGUAGGCAAAUAGCUGACCAAAUUGCUAACCAAAAGUGCAAGCAACACCCUAAAUGCGGUGUUAAGUCACCGUUACAAUCCUUUUUGGAGGAUGGUCUUCCCGGUUUCCUUCCUCAUCCGUAUAACAAGGCUGACUGCAAGCUGUCAUGUUCAGCACCAAACCAUUUCGGCAAGCCUUGCAAAACGCCAAUGGGAUUUGCGGACAUCAGCAUCACGGCGUCGCAUACAAGCAAGGGUUCGAGACUGUACAAAGUACUGAAGGAGUUCUGUGGCACUCCGUCCUCACCACUCACUGUAGUCUGCUCCUCUCUAGUAUGCGUACUGGGUAGACCGCCGCAGACUCUGGGUGACAUGUUUGCGUUUUAUCACCUGUUUAUAACAACGUGGAAUGACGGUGGUAAGAAGCACAAGAAAGAGGCUUUUGACGAAGCAGUGACCAAAGCCAAUCUGCAACGCCCAUAUGACGAGUUGAAUGUCGCUUCCAUAUUCAGCACCACUCACUCAGGGAAAUCAAAAACGCAUACAUCAGGUGACCUGAUCAGCCUCGUAUGUAGUUCUAAAACAGCGGCCACGUGCGGUCAAUACUUGAGUCCCUUGAGUAAUGAUAUCAGUGCCACAUUCUCCUUGAAGCACGCUGAUAAAUACGUUUCGUGGAUGGUGUAUCUGACAGAGACUUUCUACAGCUUGCUUAAAAAAAUGUAUGACGAAUGCAACUCUAAAUGUGGCGGUGCCACGCCUAAAUGCCGUGUCGCUAAAUGUCCGAAAAAAUGUACGGCAAACGAGAAAUCGCCAGGAUCUACGCAUCACUCGUUGUGUGAUUCCAUAAUAAACUGCCCAUCCACAUCGUCGGUUUUGUGCACAUACGGAUUCACAUUAGUUGACCGCAAAAAGCUGAGUGGAACAAAUGAUGUGGACUACAAGAGGACGUGUAACGAUUUGUGCAACGCAUUGAAGAAAGUUCUCGACGGAGAAUCCGUAUUGAUGCAACUGUUCCACUCUAUCGAUAAAUUCAUAUUCACCAUCCGCGCCCCCUUCAUCUGGCUCAACGUGGCCCUCUGGUCCCUCUCCUUCCUCUACCUCAUCCACAUCAUGGUCAUCCGCCUAGACCUGCUCCACAUCAAAUCGCAUUUGCACUCACCUUCCUCCCAUCGCAUAGCUGCUCAAUCACUACUUGCUGCGGCACGUGUUAACAAGCUUAACAGGGUGUUUUAUCUGCAACCAUAA